AUGAGACAAAGAAACAGCUCAGUUGCAGUGCUAUGGGACGCCAUGGAGCUGACAGAGAGGUUUACCUUCAAUCCCAAGGAGGGAAUAGACAAUCCAGCCAUGGUGACUGCAGAUGAUACAGAGGCUGUGUCAAAGCCCUCGCCAUGUUUGUGUGUGCUGAAGAAGGAAGAAGGAGAAACCUUUGGCUUCCGUCUGCUUGUGGAAAGAGGGCAGCAGGGUCACAUAAUUAGACAGCUGGAUUCACUGGGAGUGGCAGAGAGGAGUGGGCUCAAGGAUGGGGACCGCCUGCUUGAAGUCAAUGAGAUGUUUGUUGACAAUGUGGAACACAUGGAGGUGGCACACAGGAUUCAGGUGAGUGGAUCACACUUAUGCUUCCUGGUAUUCGAUGAAAUGGCCUACGAGCAGGCUGUGUCUGAGGGUCGUGACCUUAGAGAGCUGGCUAAAGCUAGCCGUGGGGAAGGAUGGAGGCCUCCUCGUCUCUGCCACAUCACGAGAGAUGCACCUGGCCUGGGCCUCAACAUACAGCCAGUGGAAGGUGAGAAAGGCAAAUUCACAGUAAGCUCAAUGAAAGGAGGUGCUGCAGAGAGAGCAGGAGUAAAGAAAGGGGACCGGCUAAUUUGGAUAGAUGGUGCCAUGGUCUCUGAACUCACACACUCUGCCAUCAGCAGAAUGGUGAAGAAGUGCAACAAUCACAUGACAAUGCUGGUGAUUGACAGUGACAGUGAGAAGAGUUAUGCCCGUAGGAAAAUGCCUAUUCUCCCAGCCAUGGCUGAUGCAGAGAACAUGCCAUAUCGGCCUCGCAGACUGCAUCUGGUGCUGGGGCCAGAAGGGUACGGCUUCCUGCUCAGGCAGGAAAAGACUGGAACGGGACGCAGUGUCCACAUGUUGAGAGAGGUGGAUAAGGGCAGCCCUGCUGAACUGGGAAGAGUUAAAGAAGGUGAGAUGCUUCUUGAAGUGAAUGGAGAGUCCACAGAGUCACUGAGUCAUAAUCAAGUUGUCAGCAAAAUCAGACAGAGUGGACAGCAGGUCACCCUCACGACUAUGCCACCUCAGGGCCAGGACUUCUACACUAAGUUGGGCCUCUCUCCCUUGCUGUUCUGUGUGGACAUUACAUCUGGUAACCCUGAGGAGCAAAAGGAAAUCCCAAUGACAACGAAGCCUGCAUUGCCCCCUGUUGAGCCUCAGGAGGAUGUGAAAAUCAAUCCUAAUAUUAGACGCUGUAUUCUGGAGAGGGGCUCUGCUGGUUUUGGCUUCCAUUUGGGCUGCGUCCAACAGAAACCUGGCACCUUCAUCAGCCAGGUAGCAGCAGGAGGCCCAGGAGAGAUGUCAGGGCUCCUUCAGUGUGAUGUGGUGGUGGAAGUGAAUGGACAGAAUGUGGAGAAAGAGACUGUGGAGGAUGUCAUCUUACAUGUGAAGAGAGGACGAGACACUCUUUCUUUACUAGUAGUAGAUCAAAAAGGUUAUGACUGGCUGAAGAAAAAUGGGAUGCCAAUCACUGUGAACAAACUAGCACCUAUCUCUGAGGUGGAGGAAAAUGUUUCAAGUGCUGCUGAACCACCAGCACUGAAGACUGUUGACUUGUCUGAUGACAGCACUUAG